GCUGGGAUUUUUGUCUGCCUUCUUCCUCGUUUCCUCUUUCUCUCCUAAAGAGUCGAUUAUCUGAUUCUCAGAAAGCUUGAUCAUGGAUCGUUCACGGUUCUAGGGUUCCAUCAAUUCCCAAUCAUCUGAUCCGAUUUAGGUCAUAGCUGUUCUCGAUUUUAAUUCGAGUCGAGAAAUUUUCGGGGUUCUCUAAGAAGAUAUGUACAGCAAUUUUAAGGAACAAGCGAUUGAGUACGUGAAGCAGGCGGUGCAAGAGGACAAUGCCGGGAAUUACAGCAAGGCGUUUCCUCUGUACAUGAAUGCGCUCGAGUACUUCAAGACCCACCUCAAGUACGAGAAGAACCCUAAAAUCAGGGAAGCCAUCACCCAGAAAUUCACCGAGUAUCUCCGCCGAGCCGAGGAGAUCCGGGCCGUUCUCGAUGAAGGUGGAUCUGGUCCUGGAUCCAACGGCGACGCUGCCGUCGCCACCCGGCCGAAGAGCAAGCCCAAGGACGGCGAAGGCGGCGGAGACGGUGAGGAUCCGGAGCAGUCGAAGCUCCGAGCUGGGUUGAACUCCGCGAUCAUAAGGGAGAAGCCGAACGUGAAGUGGACUGAUGUCGCUGGGCUUGAGAGCGCGAAGCAGGCGUUGCAGGAAGCUGUGAUUUUGCCCGUCAAGUUUCCACAGUUCUUCACUGGAAAGAGGCGGCCAUGGCGGGCUUUCCUAUUGUACGGACCUCCAGGAACGGGGAAGUCUUACUUGGCCAAGGCUGUUGCUACUGAAGCUGAAUCUACGUUUUUCAGUGUAUCUUCAUCAGAUCUGGUAUCGAAGUGGAUGGGUGAAAGUGAAAAGCUAGUAUCAAACCUUUUCCAGAUGGCCCGUGAAAGUGCUCCAUCAAUCAUUUUCAUCGAUGAGAUUGAUUCCUUAUGUGGUCAACGUGGAGAAGGCAACGAGAGUGAAGCUUCAAGACGUAUUAAAACUGAGCUUCUUGUGCAGAUGCAGGGUGUUGGGCACAAUGAUGAAAAGGUUCUUGUCCUUGCAGCAACAAACACACCUUAUGCUCUUGAUCAGGCUAUUCGACGACGUUUUGAUAAACGUAUCUAUAUCCCUCUCCCUGACGCCAAGGCUCGGCAGCACAUGUUCAAAGUGCAUUUGGGAGAUACUCCUCAUAACUUAAGUGAAGCUGAUUUUGAAUAUUUAGGUCGCAGGACAGAAGGGUUUUCUGGUUCUGAUGUAUCUGUUUGUGUCAAAGAUGUUUUAUUCGAACCUGUUCGUAAAACUCAGGAUGCCAUGUUCUUCUUCAAGACACCUGAUGGAAUGUGGAUGCCAUGUGGGCCUAAGCAACCCGGUGCAAUCCAAACUACCAUGCAGGAUCUUGCAACAAAAGGGCUGGCUGAGAAGAUUAUUCCACCGCCGAUCUCGAGAACAGAUUUUGAUAAGGUGCUUGCAAGGCAGAGGCCAACAGUGAGCAAAAGUGACCUUGAAGUCCAUGAGAGAUUCACAAAGGAAUUUGGCGAAGAGGGCUAAUAGAUUUAUCGAUUUGGCAACUCAUUGGAAGCAUACCAUUGAAUGGCUCGGUAUUAUUAGUUACCUUUUUUUAAUUCAAUGGAAGAUCUCACUGAAACUUCCCCUUUAUUAAAUAUACUGAGAUCGAACCAGCUCAUUAUGUUUGAUGCCUCAACAUUGUAUUUGCUUAUUCCGAAUUUGUGUAAAGAACAUCUCCCAAAAUCCAUUGGAUAUGGCCUUUGAUUUG